AUGGAAAACCUCGUAGAGACUGAAGAAACCUGUCGGGUGUAUGUGGGCAACUUACUGCCCAAGGCCAAGGAAAUUCAUCUUACAAGCAAGUUUUCACGCUUUGGAACGAUUCACAGUGUCUGGAUUGCACGCAGACCUCCAGGCUUUGCAUUUGUGUGGUUUGCGACGCGUGAUGAGGCAGAACGAGCAGUAGAAGCAAGUGAAGAUGGAGCUAUGGAAAUUCUGGGAAAGACUCUAGCUAGCUCUCUUCCGUCCGUCCUCGCCAUGCCGCUGUACAAGCAGGUACUACUGACGAAUCUCAAGUCUACGCCAAAGGAUGUGGCACGUUUGUUUCAGGAUUGUGCGAAAUUUAUAACGUCCCAGGGUGGUGUGAUUCGUUCCACAGAGAACCGCGGUCAGAAGCGUCUGGGCUACGGCAUUGAGGACCGUCGGUGGGGUGCAUUGCAGCGUCAUUACGAAGGCAAACUCAUUGUACAACAGUUUAAUACAUCACCUGAUGUGCUAAAGGAAUUAGAGAUCCGACUCAAGAAUAGUUUUCCAAUCAUUCGAUUUGCAACGUUCAAGAUCCGUGAUCCCGUGGAUCAGCUCAUGAACACGCGCUUGACACUGGAGCAGGCACAGUUACUGCUUAGUCCCGCAGCUAAAGCUAAGGCCGAGCAAGCCGCUAAAGAGGCUAAAAAGGCGCGACGUUCAUAUAGAUCCGAGUUUGAUGAUGUAAAGCCCGAGGACUUUUUUGACACGGACGAUGAGCGGGAGGCUGCGCAGUUCAAGCAGUACGUGCCUGAUUGGAAGCGUGACGCACUCUUUGAGCCUGAUGUGCCCGCGCACUUGAAGGAUAAGAAUGAAUGA